CAAGUCCUCACUAGUACUUUCAAAUAGGUUUAUGUUAAAGACUGUAGGCGGGAUGCGGUUGCAUCAAUGUUUAGUUGUCAUCUGUUUACUCACACCUUUAUGCUUGGGACAAAGGUUAUUUGAAAAACGUGGAGCAAUCUCCCAGACCAUUUGGGAACAGUCUCUUCAGAUCCAGACCACACAGCAUAGUGUGACAGACUGUUCUUUAAGCUGCAAAAAGACGAAAGGUUGCAAUGCAUACAAAUAUGAUUCUGAUUCAAACAUCUGCUAUGCUGCUCAAGUUGAGCUGGCUGGCCUUGAAGUUGUUGACAAUAAAGUAGCUGUAUCUGUCUUCAUGGAAUCUGAACUGUACUAUAAG